AUGAUGUUAACCUUUUUUCUUUCUCCGUUCUGUAUUUCAACACCUUGUACUUUAUCUACCAACCUAAAUGAAAUGUCAAAUAGCAGAGAUAGUCAUGAAUCUUUAACAUCCUUAGAAUCAUCGUCAUCUUUGGCAUCUUCAAGGGUUUCUCCAGCACAUGUUGAUGCCCCCAUACCUCUACAAGAUAUUAAUCAGCAAAAUGCUGGCGAAGAAGGAGGAGGAGGAGAACAGCAAAAUGAUGAUGAAAAUAACGAUAUAGCCAACGCAUAUUUCCCUGAUGGAGAUGAAAGAAACCUUAUAAAUUCAAUAUUGGAUGAAAAAAUCGAGGCUAAACCUACCUUGUGGAGAAAAGUUCUUGACGUGAUAUGGCCAAACUACAUUUUGAACCACUUGGAUUAUGCCUCAUUCAAAAUAGUCUGUCGGAGCUGGUGUCAUGUUUGGUCUUGUGCUGUUUUAACAAUUAUACCCAGAACCUAUUAUUGGCUUGGGAAUGCUGCAUAUUUGAUUGUGGUAUUGGGGUUCCUUUCGAUAUCUGGCGGUUCAUCUAUCAUCAUGAACGUCUUGGCUAGUUGUGCGGGACUUUUCGGGAUGAUGAUUGCAUUUGUUCAUCAUGUUGUCAGAUCAAAAAUAAUAAAUGAUUUAAACCAUGGAAUAACGUCACAGGAAUUGGCCCAACAGCUCAUACAAGAAGGUAGUUGUCAAAUGAAUGACCAAUUACAGGCUUGUGUUUCAGAACAAAUUUUCACUGGAAGGUACAUCACUACUAAAGCUGCUGCAAUUAGUAUAUUAUCUAUUAUAUCUUUUACAUUUAUUGUUGGGAACAUUCGACAGCAUGCACAUCCGCUAUGGACCUUGGCGUAUAUUGGGGGACAAUUUGGUAGUUGCAUAUUUACCUGUUAUGGUCAUUUUUCACCGUUAUAUCAGCCAUUGGAAAUUGGACUUAUAGUUUUAAAACCAUUUGGAUUAUCAUUACUGGUAAAAGUCUUGACAUCCUUGAUUGUUUAUCCUACCACAUCUAACUGGUUAUUUUUCCAAGGGAGUAUAAAAUUUAUGACGCAGUUGCAAAAGGCCAUGGAUGGCAAUACAAAAAUGUUUAAGACAUUAAAACCGUCAGCACCAAAUUUUUCCAAUUACAAGGCGUACAAGAAAGAUAUUACCAAGUUGAGAAGCUCAAUGGCACCUUCAGAGAAUGUGGCGUCUACUAUUUGGUUGGAGUAUUCUUACGGGAGAUUUGAUGUUGGUGAUGUUGGUGAAUUUAGAUCAUUAUUGAAAAAUUUAAUUAGUUCAAGUGCAAGUUAUGCUUAUUUUUAUCAACUAUUACAAGAAAGGACAUUUUAUGCCAAAGAUGACUUUGCAAUUGUCAGGAAAAAAUCGAAUGCCUCGUCUCAUUUGGCUCAUGGACAUGCGAAAUUAUUUAGCGCCAUUCAGGAUUCCUAUAAGAAAGUUGGCAAAUAUGAAUCAGAGAAAAGAAUGAAAGUUUUGAGAAACAGAAUUGCCAUUCAUGGUGCUGGUAACCGAAUGACUUUAGGAGGGAUUGACGAAGUGGCAAAGUUUAUGUCCAAACAUUUUACCCCACUAUUGGAGGAUGCAAACUUGGGUAUUCAAACUAUUAUUGAAUGGUUAGAGGCUGCCAAUGAGUUUCGAAUCUAUGCAUGGCUACCAGGAAAAUGGAAUAUGCAUGUACUGAAGCAAAAGGAGAUCAAUGGAAAAGUCUUCAAAGCUAGAACUACCUUAAAGGAUCUGUUGUGCAAGUUUGAAGAUGUUGAGACAAUGAAGAAGAUGAUGGUGGAUUCAACUAGAAGUGAAAAUGAAAUGCUUUUUUUAAUUAGUCAAGGUGUUUUAUUUUUGCAAAUAGCCAAGCAUCAGUGUGAGAAUAUUUUGAAAAUACUAGACUUGUGUUUGGACUUGGAUGAAAGAAGACCAGAACCCAAGUUUAUAACUUUUUUCACGAAAAAUCGGUACUCCAAGCCAAGGCAUUUAUCAAGCGAUAUGGAUAAACCAAUGCCCGAUUAUCUAUCUAGUGAUAUCCAAGAAAGGGAUGCUGACAAUUUGCCACCAGCAAAUGCAAUGCAGUUUUUCGGUCUAUAUUUCACAAAAUUAUAUUCAUUCUUUAUUAGUAAUAAGUUUUGGUUCUGGAUCAAAGCUGGUGGAUUAAUAACUAUUGGGGCAAUUCCAUAUUUUGUAAGAACGACGGCAGGUUUCUAUUACCAUCACAGAAUGAUAUGGUUGGUUAUUAUGAUUGCAGUUUCCAUCAGCGAAAACACCGGCUCAACAAUAUAUGUUUUUUGUGCAAAAUUGGUGUAUACAUUUUUUGGUGCAAUUGUUGGAAUGAUUGGUUGGUAUAUUGCUUGUGGCAAUGGUAAUGGUAAUUAUUAUGGAUAUGGAGCUGUAACUGCAGUGUUGUUUGUUUAUUUUGUUUAUUUUAGACAUUUUUCCGUGCAUCAAACAUUAUUACCACAAAAUUUGUUUGCUGUAACAGCGGAGUUAGUGAUGGGUACAUCUUGGAUAGAUGCUAAACUAUACCCCAUGACAGAUGUAAAGUACGGUUUCGAACCUGCUUAUCUUCGAUUUAUUGGUGUGACUAUUGGGUUGUGUAUUGGUUCUUUAGCAGCAAUUAUCCCCAGUCCUGUUUCAUCAAAGGCAUUGGUUCGAAAGAUAUUGGCAGAUGGACUUUCAGAAGUUGGGAAUAUCCAUUGUUCUGUAACCAAGUUUGCUUUGAAAAGAGCUGUUGAUCCUCAUUUCCAUACUGAACCAAGACACGAUAUACUACUAGCUAAAUUUAGAUACUUGUUGCUAAAAGUUGCUCGGUUGUCGACCUUGUUAGUUCCAUUGAAAUUCGAAUUGCCUAUUUCCGGGUAUUGGCCCGAGUCCAAGUAUUUGAGAUUACAGGGGUUGAUUACAGAUGUUACUCAACUUUACUUAAUGCUAUUGGUGGCAUUUAACGAACUCGAAGACCCUGUACAUUGGCUACCGACAAUUUUCCGGAGAAUUGGGUUUUGUUAUGCUGAGUUAGAAGCAGAUAUUUUUGCUACUGUUCACAUGGCAGCUGAUGCAUUGAGAACCAAGGAAGCAUUGCCUAAAAUCACCGAUGCUAAUAUAUCAGUCAAGCAUAUGGAACUCUUACGAAAACAAUGGGGGCUUGAAAAAAUAUCAUUAAGUGAACGAUUUUAUAGUAAAGUGAAAAAAAAAUGUACCCAAGAAACUGGUCAUGAUGAAAUUACAAAGGAGUUGGAUUACGAUAAAUUUUUCAGUAAUGAUGGGAAAUUAAACAUUGUUUCAUUGUUGGUGGCACAUAUGAUAUACAACAGAUUAGACGAGAUCAUCAUUGUUGUCAAGGGGUUAGUUGGGGAGAUUUACGAUUUGGAUGAAAAUGUUUUGAUUGCAGAAGAAGUUGAUGACGAUGAGGAAGACCAACCAUACGCGUGGCUUCUGGACGAGGAUGACGAAAACGAUUUAUUGAUACAGAAUUAA